AUGCCCAAUGCCGCAAAAGAGUUCAAUUCUCAGUACCAAACCCUCCUCUCAGGUUCACUAUAUGCCGGUUUCCUUGUAGGCGCUAACGCCUGCGGCUUACUCGCCGAUAUCCUGGGCCGCAAGACGGUGUGGCAGUUGUCCAUCUUCGGAGUGUCUACUGUGACCCUGCUGGCGGCAUCGUUCCCAAACUGGAAAGCGGUUAAUGUCUGGACGGUGCUUUGUGGGUUGUUUGGCGGAGGAAACUUGGCCAUCGAUCUCACCGCGCUGACUGAGUUCUCUGCGUAA